CGCAAAACAACACAGCAAUACCAAGCUAGCUAGCAAAGUUUAUGCAGCUCUUCACCUCCGCCUCAGAGAUUUGUUUACUGAUUACUAAUUUGUGUUGUUUUUCUCGGAAAAAUGGGGGUUCCUAAAUUUUACCGAUGGAUUUCAGAGCGAUAUCCGUGUCUGAGUGAAGUUGUAAAGGAGCACCAGAUCCCGGAGUUUGAUAAUCUGUACCUGGACAUGAACGGGAUCAUCCACCAGUGCUCGCACCCCAACGACGAGGACGUGCACUUCCGCAUCACCGAGGAGAAGAUCUUCGCCGACAUCUUCCACUACCUCGAAGUGCUCUUUCGCAUCAUCAAGCCCAGGAAGGUGUUCUUCAUGGCCGUGGACGGAGUCGCACCGAGGGCCAAGAUGAACCAGCAGCGCAGCAGAAGAUUCAGAUCGGCGAAGGAAGCAGAGGAAAAGAUAAAGAAGGCUCUGGAGAAAGGCGAGGUUUUACCCACUGAGGCCCGAUUCGACUCCAACUGCAUCACGCCCGGUACUGAGUUCAUGGUCCGGCUUCACGAGCAGCUGAAAUACUUUGUGCAGAAAAAGCUGUCCACAGACCGAAUGUGGCAGGGAGUGCGAGUGUACCUGUCCGGUCACGAGACUCCAGGAGAAGGAGAGCACAAGAUCAUGGAGUUCAUCCGGUCCGAGAACGCCAGACCAGGCCACGAUCCGAACACACGACACUGCCUGUACGGCCUGGACGCUGACCUGAUAAUGCUGGGUCUGACGAGUCACGAGCCUCACUUCUCUCUGCUCAGAGAGGAGGUACGCUUCGGGGGGAAAAAGAAUCAGAAGAGAAUAACAGCUCCAGAGGAGACGACGUUCCACCUGCUCCAUCUUUCCCUCAUGAGGGAGUACAUCGACUACGAGUUCUCUCCUCUAAGGGAGAGGAUCUCGUUCGCCUACGAUCUGGAGCGGAUUAUAGACGACUGGAUCCUGAUGGGCUUCCUGGUGGGAAACGACUUCAUCCCCCACCUGCCUCACCUGCACAUUAACCAGGACGCUCUGCCCCUGCUCUACAGAACAUACAUCUCUGUCCUGCCCACUCUCGGGGGAUAUCUGAAUGAAAACGGUCAUCUAAACCUGGCUCACUUCGAGAAGUAUCUCGAGAAACUGUCAGAGUUUGACCGCGAGCACUUCAGCGAGGUGUUCGUGGACCUGAAGUGGUUCGAGAGCAAAGUGGGGAACAAAUACGUGAACGAAGCGGCCGGUCUCGCCGCCGAGGAGGAGCUGGGCAAGCAGGGCAGGAGGAGCAAGCCGUUUAAAGACUCUCUCAGCCUGGCAGCUUUGGAUGGAGACAAGGACUUACCCUGUUCUACAGGAAGAGCAGAAGGCGCCGAGGAGGACGGCGAGGACGAGGACAUGUUCGAGGCGGAGUUCCGGCAGUAUAAGAGAACGUACUACAUGACCAAGAUGGACGUGGAGGUGGUGUCCGACGAGUUUUUGGCCAAUCAGGCUCGCUGCUACGUGGAGGGAAUCCAGUGGAUCCUGCAUUAUUACUAUCACGGAGUUCAGUCCUGGAGCUGGUAUUACCCGCAUCACUACGCACCUUUCCUCUCUGACGUGAGGAACAUCGCCAACCUCACGUUGACCUUUGACCUGGGAAAACCCUUCAUGCCCUUUGAACAGCUGCUGGGUGUUUUACCUUCAGCUAGCAAAGAGCUGCUGCCUACAUGCUACCAGCACCUGAUGACGUCUCCGAGCUCUCCGAUUAUUGAGUAUUACCCCAUGGACUUUAAAACGGACCUGAACGGGAAGCAGCAGGAGUGGGAGGCCGUCGUCCUCAUCCCCUUCAUCGACGAGAAACGGUUGCUGGCAGCCAUGGCCCCGUACACAGACAGUCUGAGUAAAUCGGAGCGAGUGAGGAACGCGCACAGAGAGUGUGCAGUGUACUUCUACGACAAAGAGCUCGACUUCACACUCGCAUCACCACUGCCUGAGGUUUUCCCCAACGUCACACACUGCCACGCCAGGUCGAUCCCCGUGCCCAUGGACGCCUGGCGAGUGUCUCUGGACGUCGUCGGACGCAGAAUUGAUCGGAGCGCGCUGUAUUUCUGCGGCUUUCCCACCUUACAGCACAUCCACCAUAAAUUCUAUAAGAAGAAGAGCGGCGUGGUCGUGUUCCAGCAGAGCAGCCGAGGAGAAAACAUGAUGCUGGAGAUUUUAAACAGCCAGCAGGGGGAGCCGGUUUUGGAGGACGUGGCAGCGCUCGUGUUGGGGAAGUGUGUGUUUGUGAACUGGCCUCACCUGGAGGAGGCGCGUGUGGUCGCCGCGUCGGACGGAGAGGCGAAGAUUUUCCUGGAGGAGGCGACAGGAGUGCAGAAGCUGUACGAGGACACGCCUCCUCCCGUUAAAGUGGUGUAUCUGAGCGAUAAAGAGCAGAAGGAGUGGGUUAAAGAGGUGCAGGGCAUCACUGAGCACCACGUUAAGCGUAAAGGUGUGGUGAUAAACGAGACGUCGGUGCUGCUCUACGCUCAGCUCCUCACAGGCAGGAAGUACGUCAUCUCCCCGAGCGGUCAGGUCCAUCUGGAGAAACAGUGGGCCAAACAGAUCCUGCCCUUCGCUUACCAAACCAUCGUUAAGGACAUCAAGGCCUUCGAUUCGUCCUCGUCUCGGUUUAAAACGCUGGAGGAGCUUUUCCCCGUCUCCACCACCGUGUUCAUGGUGGGAAACCCGUACUACGGAGCGAUGGGAGAGGUGCAAGAUUCGAGUGAUGUCAUCAGCGAGGGACGUGUGCGGGUGGUCUUCACUGUGCCGUGUGAACCUCACCUCGAUGCCUUAAUUCAGAACCAGCAUAAAUACUCGAUAAAGUACAGUCCCGGCUACGUCCUGGCCUCGCGCCUCGGCAUCACCAGCUACCUCGUCUCCAGGUUCUCCGGGAGCAUCUUCAUCGGCAGAGGAUCCAAGAAGAAUCCUCACGGUGAGCAGAGAGCCAACGUGGGUCUGAAUCUGAAGUUCAACAAGAAGAACGAGGAGGUUCCGGGCUACACCAAGAGAACGGAGAAGGAGUGGCUGUACUCGGCUGCUGUAGAGGAGCUGUUAGCCGAGUAUCUGGAGCGCUUCUCCGAGGUGUUCGACUACGUGUCCAGGAACAGCCACGACGAUUUGUUUUACGAGGACGAUAUCUGGCCAGGAGAGGACGAGAACGGAGCUGAGAAGGUUCAGGAAAUCACCGCCUGGCUGAAGACGCAUCCCGUUAGCUCCUCCUCCCGAGCGUCAUGUGACCUCCAGAUUCUGGACGCAGGCAUUGUGGGAAAGAUUGAGGAAGAGCUGGAGAAAGCUAAGGUGAAGAAGAGCAACAAGAAAGUGCGUGUCACUGUGAAACCUCACCUGCUGUUCCAGCCUCUGGAGCAGCAGCACGGUGUAGUUCCUGACCCCGACGCCGAGUAUCACCUGUUCGACCGCGUCAUUAACGUCAGGGAGAAUUUCUCCGUUCCGCUCGGCCUCAGAGGAACCAUCAUCGGCAUCAAAGGAGCUGAGAGAGAGGAUGAAGUUCUGUACGAGGUUUUGUUUGAUGAGGAGUUUGCAGGAGGACUCACCAUCAGGUGCUCUCCAGGUCGGGGUUACAGACUUCCUCCUUGUGCCUUAAUCAACCUGAGCCACGGAAACCGUCAGGAGCAAAACCCUCACAAACUCACUGCCAUCGUCAAACCGCAGCCCUCCUCUUCCUCGCCGCACACACACACACACAAACACCAGCUGGACGGCCUGAACCACUCGCCACGCUCGCCGUUUAAACCCACACAGCAGAACAGCAGGCAGGGUCUCAGAGCCGACGCUCAGGGAAACAGAAACUCUCCUCAAAAAGGCCAGAACCAAAAAACACAACACAAGGGCUCGGCGAAUAAGGAGGAGGAGUUCAGUAACGUGUGGCAGUCUCUUCAAUCUUCAGCGCUGCCUCAGAAACCACCAGCUCACUGGCAAAACCAUGGUCAAAGUGCCAGUAUCAGAUUACUGAAGAGGAACGAAGAUUUAAAUGCAGUUUCUCUACAGAAGCCUUCCAACAAGGUCACGCCAGAGUUUCAGGAGCUCAUAGCCAAUCUGAAAAUCGCAAAGGAAGCCGAAGCUCCGAAUUCUCCGGUUAAGGAGCCUGAGGAUGAGGCGGAGAAGCCGCUGUCUCCUCAGUCCUUCGCCAUGAUGGGAACCAUGAUGCUGAAGGAGAUGUUGAAGAUUGACAAUUCGGCAACCGCAUACCCCGCCCCUGACUCCGCCCCUCUGAACGCAUCACAGAAUUCCUCCAAUCCCGGAGCUCAGCAGCAGAACAGGAGACGCAGUUCCAAAAAACUGGCGGCGAGGAUGAACUCGGCUCCGGGCGAAUCUCCCGCUCCUCCUCUCCUGCCUUGCGUGGCUGCCGAGCUGAGCCGAGUGUGUGUGGGGCUGAACAUGGGGCCGCCCGAGUUCACCUUCCUGCGCAACAGACAGGGUCUGACGGUGUGUCAGGUGAAACUGUCUAACGGUCUCCUGCUUCACGGCCCUCAGUGUCAGUCUGAAACUGAAGCCAAAGAGAAAGCAGCUCUGUUCACUCUGCAGCGCCUGAACUCCGUUGGCUCGUUUCCUCUCGCUCCUCCUCCUCUGUUCCCUGGAAUGCAGCCCAUGCGGCCGAUCGCUCCUCAUCCUCAGGUGUUCACGCAGCCUGCAGGCGGUCUCCUGAUGCCUCCUCAAGGUUACGCUCCUCUGCCGUGGGGCGUUCAGUUUCCUCCGCAGGGGCAGCCGUUUUUCGGCGGGACGUUCCCCGGAGCUCGAGCGCCUCCGCCUCAGGCCCACGUCGGCUCUCACAACCAGUUCAUCCCACUACAGGUGACUAAGAAACGAGUUUCGGGUCGGAAGAACCAGGAAGCGAGGCCGGACUUGGGGAACGCCGCUCGACCCGAAAACGCCGAAGCCGCGCACUCUGCAGCCACGGCGACCCCCUCCGCCCACAAAACCCCUCCACCAAUCAGCACGCAGGAUUCCGAGACCCCGCCCAAACAACCCCCCAAACCGACACACAACACCCCAGGCUCCGCCUCCAAACGCAAACACAGGAAGCUGGCGGUGAACUUCGACGCCGCCAAAGUGACGGACUGAAGCGCGAAGGAGCUCCGCCUCUUCCUUCUCCAGCGAUUUAUUUUUUUCGUCUCGGGUUUUACGGUCGAUAUUUUUAAAAUAUAAUUAUUAUGCAGCUUCCGGGGGGGAAACACGGUGAAGAACUUAUCGAGUUACAGAUCUAAUCGUGUAUUACAUCAUGUUUUGCGAGGGUUUUCCACUGGUGAGAGAAUAUUACUUUUAAACUUUAAUCCACUUUCAUUUCAGCAGCAGAAUGAAUCUUCUCGACUCUCUCUCUCGUCCGACUUUAAAUUGCGCUUUUAUUCCGAUUUAUUCAGCUUUUUUUUUUUUUUUUUUCAGCUCUGGGUUUUUAAUAUUCCUUGAAUAUUUGAAGAGUUAUUUUUGUAAUCGCAGCACACUUAAAAAACAGAUUUGAUAUUCUCCCGUUUGAUUUGUUUUUAAUCCACAAUCCCAAACACGUACGUCUACGAUCCUGCCGUUACAGACAAUCAGAUCGGAUUUCGGAAAACGCUGUGUUCCUCACCACAUUCCUGAAAUUCCACCAAGUCCAAACACGUAGCACUGAAGAUGGCAUGUAGAAGAGCGGCGAGAAAGCUGCGUGUCCGCUUCGGUCGACUUCCUGCUCAGUGAGCGAAACUCGACUUUAUGCAAAUGAGAGCAUCGUGCUCAGCCAAUCAGAAGAGAGAUUGAUUGGAGAACCACAAACACGGAGGACAAAAUGGUGGACGUGAGUUUAGUACUAACUAAUACGAGGAGAUUUAAGACAAAAAAAUUUUCAUGGCCAAUAUUCCAGCAUUAUUCAAGCUGCUUUUUUUUCUCAUCUCAGUCAGCACUUUUUCUGUAUUUAAAAAAAAAAAAGAAAGAAAGAAAAAAUACACGAAGUGUGAAAGUAGCCUUAAACACUCACUGUUUGUUUUUUUUUUUUCCACACACGUUAUUCUCGAUCGUGUUUAUACACGAAUACGAGACGGAACUUGGACCUCUGAUCAUUUCCACAUCUUUAUUCACUUUCUCCUCUUAAAUAUAUCGACUCUCCUCUAAUCCCCGAUUCUCUGCUUCACUCGUUUUCGGCGUCUUCUACACUCUCAUCAUUCACUUCACUAGAUUUCUCUCUGUCUUUUCUCUCCUGUCAUAUUCCACAUUUUCACCUGUUCUCUCUUUCCCUGGCUGAGAGGCUGUGAGAGGACGUAUUGGGUGUAAAUUCAGCAAAGUUUAGAAAAAAAUAAAAAAUAAAAAUAAAAAUACUGUAGCACAAGAUCAUAUGCGAUUUGGUAGAUAGUCAGUUAAAUCUUUAACAGGAUUUAUUUCGCAGCUCGGUCAGAAACCUAAAUCACUUUCUCUCUGUAAAAAGAGAACAAUUCACCAGUUUGGUUUUUAAAAUGAAAUUUUUGGAUUUGAAUUUUAUCUCCUCUUACCAGCAGCUCUGUAUCCUGUAGGAUUGUUGUUUUUUUUUUUUUGAGAUGUGCCAUGCAUCAAGCGUCCGUUUUUAACGUGGACUGGGAAGUACGUCUGUGUGCAGUGUUAUUUUGAAAUGAACUUGAACCAAAUUCACAGAACAAUGAAACUGCGGCUCCCGCUUUGGGAUGUGCUGUAAAUAGAUCUUUAAUAAACAGCUUUUGUUAUCAUAA